CUUCCGGAUCGCUUCCGCCUACCCCGCCCAGGCCGCCAGGCCGGAAGCGCCGUGCGCUAGCUGAACUUCCUCAAUUCAGUCCGAACCCCGGCGCCGCCAAGAUGCCGGCCUACCACUCUUCUCUCAUGGACCCUGACACCAAACUAAUUGGAAACAUGGCACUGCUUCCUAUCAGAAGUCAGUUCAAAGGACCCGCCCCUCGAGAGACAAAAGAUACAGAUAUUGUGGAUGAGGCCAUCUAUUACUUCAAGGCCAAUGUCUUCUUCAAAAACUAUGAAAUUAAGAAUGAAGCGGAUAGGACCCUGAUAUAUAUAACUCUCUACAUUUCUGAAUGCCUAAAGAAACUCCAGAAGUGCAAUUCCAAAAGCCAAGGUGAGAAAGAAAUGUACACACUGGGAAUCACUAAUUUCCCCAUUCCUGGAGAGCCUGGUUUUCCACUUAAUGCCAUUUAUGCCAAGCCUGCAAACAGACAGGAAGAUGAGGUGAUGAGGGCGUACUUACAGCAGCUGAGGCAGGAGACAGGUCUGAGACUUUGUGAGAAAGUUUUUGACCCGCAGAAUGACAAGCCUAGCAAGUGGUGGACUUGCUUUGUGAAGAGACAGUUCAUGAACAAGAGUCUUUCAGGACCUGGACAGUAGCGGGACCUGGGCAGACACUGUCUCCACAGCCGUGGGCAGCGUUUUACAGCAAGAUGUACACAGUUCUUUGCCUUUAGUUGAUAAAGUUUUAUAUGGAAGAGAGAAGAGAGCAUGUCUUUACUUGAAAAGCUCCUCAUCAGGAUAUUCUGGGAGAUUAUGGAAGGGUGAUUUGAAAUUUUUUUGCAGUAUUAAGCUGGUGCUUAAUAAGUGGUAAUAAAGACCUUUCUAACAUUCUAUGUCAGAA